AUGGCCAGCUCGCCGCCCGCGCCCGCGCCCUCGCCCGCCGCCUCCCCGAUGGCCUUCGCCGGCUCCAGCGAGCAGGACGUGGCACUGGCCAAGUCCUUCUGGAACUCCGUCACCCUCCAGCCGCCGCUCGAGUCCCGGCUGGGCGCCCGCAGCGGCUCGCUUUGCGACGGCGCCUCCGGCCCGCGACGGAGCUCGACCGGGAAAACCAGCCAUUCGUCCUUUUCAUCCUCCGUGAGUGACAAACGAGAAGAAGAUAGACACCCGGAGACGGAGAAAGAUGAGUGGAAAGAACACUACCUGGAGAAGGCUAAAAUGAGAGAAGACAUCAUUGCAUUACUGAAAAAACAAAGGGAAGAGAGAAUAUCGAAAGAGUCCUUAUCUAGUCCACACAAGCCGAAGGCCAAAUCAUCACAGAGUUCCAAAAAGGAGAAGGAAGAACAGUCGGAGGACGAAGAGAGCGUAAAGACGUUACCUUGAGGAUCCCGACCAGGGACACCAACGUAGAAGGCCUGUUGGUAUUUUCAGCCAGACUAUCCUUGGUGUCCGACAGUGGC